UCUUAUUGGCCGCGAUAUUUGGACAGCACGUGUGAGAAUUAAAGAAUCUUUUUAAAAUGACUGAAGUUGUGGAGGCCGUGUUCAUCAGCACGGGCAGCGAGGACAACACUACGUGCAGCGUCCAGGAUCUUCGCACCGGCACAGACUUAAUGCGCUACAAAGGCGGCGGAUGCGCCCAGCACCAGGGCCUCUCCAUCAUUGGCCUUAACUAUUUGUUUGCGGCAAAUGCCGCCAAGCCCCUGAUCCAUGUCUGGCCCAUUAACAAGCAGGAGCAGAUGUCGGGCAUUCGGUAUGUAGUGCCGGGCAAGGUCAAUGCCAUGGCCGUCACGUCGGAUGCAGCAUUCCUAGUGGCCGGAAUCCAGGAGAACAUCUACCUAUGGCACUUGAAUACGGGUCGCAUGCUCAACACCAUUUCAAAGCACUACCAGGCCGUGACUUGCCUACGCUUCACUGACAGUGGAGAGCACUUCGUCAGCGCCGGCAAGGAUGGUGCUGUUCUGGUGUGGAACCUCACUUCUGCCAGUGCUCCGCUGGACUCGGGCACUGGUCAGGAUAGCAACGAGCCACUAUACAGCUUCAAUGAUCACGGCCUGGCAGUCACAGAUAUCUACACUGGGAUAGGAGGAUCGCGUUCGUACUUGUACACCGUCUCCCUGGAUCGCUGCUGCAAAAUAUAUGACCUGAUGGGUGGCAUUCUGCUCGUCAGUGUGGUCUUCCCAGUGGCAUUGCACAGUGUGUGUGUGGACAAGCUGGAAAGGAGCGUCUAUGUGGGCUCCGCCGAGGGCAAGAUCUACGUAUUUCACACGGAGAAUACUCCCAGAAUGACUGAAUACCACAUGGAUGAGGAGGAGGCACAGGCCUUUGUGGGUCACGCCGAAGGCAAAGCCAUUACCUGUCUGGCUCUGAAUAUGAGCGCCACGACAUUGGUUUCCGGCGGAGAGGACAAGCAGGUCUGCGUCUGGGACACCGGCAGCCGCCAGCUAAUCAAGACCAUACCUCAAAAUGGGGCGGUGAGCAAUCUUCGCAUUCGCCUGGUCAGUGGCGUUGUCUUCCAGCCGGAGCACAAGCAGCCAGAGAUGUUCGCCGACAGUCUGAAGCGGAUGAUCUGCCCGCGUGAGGAGAAUGAUUACAUUGAACUGACGCCGAUGUCCAACGAAGACAAUGAGGACGAGGAAGACUUUCCGCAAAGUGCUCUGGAUGAUGAGCUGGUGCUGAAAUUAAUAGCUUUGAUGGAAAAGAAGACUGCAAGUGAGAAUGGAGUGGAGGCAGAGGAGGAGGAGGAGGCCGAGGAUCUGGACGAAUUGGAAGAUCCAGAUGAAUCGGACGAACAGGACGAAUUGGAGGAGCAGGACGAAUUGGAGGAGCAGGACGACUCUCAACCAGAAGAUUUAGAAACCGACGCGUCAGAGCAAGAGGAGCCACCAACAAGGAACUCCAAAGCAACGAAGGCAUCUUCCGACAAGGAAGGAACUACACAAUCAGGAUCAGCUUCCACCGAACAAGAUGCAUACAUCGCGAAGUUGCAGGAGGAGAAUAGACAACUCAAGGAGGAGACCAAGAGGAUGUUCGAGUACUUGUACGACUACGUGUCCCGCACCCCGCAGGCGAAACAGACCGGCUCCGACAAAAGCAAAAGAAAGAAGCCAACCCCCCAAUAGAUGGCCGUUA